UGGGGUGGGAGGAAGAGAAUUUAAUAAUGAUCUGUUGGCGCUGCGAAGGGGCUGUCUAUAAUAAUCCUGGCAAGAGACGGAGGAAAGGUUCCUAAUGCCUGCAACAAGCAAUAAUCUGCCCCUCUGGAAAAAAAAAGGGAAUAAAGAUGAUGAUGAUGAGGGAUAGAAAUGUUUAAUUCUAAGAGUUAAACUGAAGCUCAUCUGAAAUCCAACAUUUUCUCCUACAUUUAUAUAUCUAAGGUGACUUGCAGGAGGAUAUAGAUUGCCAUCUGAUAAAGCUACAAUGCAAGUAAAAAAAAUGUAUAGAAACUGCCACUGAAAUGCCUUUUCAGAGAAAAAAAUAAAACCUGGAGCUGCAUUCCAAUUUUUAAACCCAUGUUUAAGAAUGAGAGGAGGGAACAAGUUUGGCUUCUCCAGGUAUGAAACUCUCUUACUGCCUUGGAGUGUGACGGAAACACCUGGCACCUGAAACUGCCUCGAUCCAACCAAAUCUUGGGUCUUUGGACUGUAAUCCUGAUGUUUAACUAGAAAUGUAUGUAUUUUUACAUUAUAUGGUUUUCCUGUCCCCUAAUAUAUCUUUGGCCAAUACCAUGAGAAAAACAGCUCUGAUAGCUGAAUCCUUCAUUUUGUUCUUGCCCCCAGUCUUCCAGUUCUGUCUAAAUAGAGAAUAGUUUAGACAGUUCUGUCUUCCAGUUCAAUCUAAAUAGAGAAUAAAUGUAGCAGACUCUUGUGCUUAAAUCAAAAAUCCAUCAAUCCACGUUUGGUAAAAUUAGGCUUGUUCCAUGUUCUCAUCCUUCAGCUUGGGACCUGAUGCUAAAAACUGAUGAAGAAAUCCAGGUGCACUCUCGGCUCUGUGUGGGCUGCAACACAAGAAACCUGUUCACCAUCUUCUCAUAGGAGCCAGAAGCUUUUUGACCACAAAUCUCUAAAUUCUGUCUCGGAACAGAUGACAAGUAUGGCUGCUCCAAGCCCACUAUAAAAUUUCAUUUUUUUAUGUACUGACAUGUAGUUGCUUGAAAAAUCCAGUUAUAGGACUGGAUCCACCUGUGCUUAACUAUUAAAAAAACCCCCUUAGAUCCUUAAAUAUUUGCCUUCAUUAUGAACAACGAAGGCAAGUUAGCACUAAAAAAAAUAAACCAGUGUCUUGUUUCAGUAAAAUAAUUAAAUUUAUUUAAAACUUUCUAGAUGCAGUUAAUAACAUAACAUUGAAGUUUUGCAAUAGAGCUGUUCCAGCAGAUGCAGAUGAUUGCAAUGUCUAUGGUUUGGACAAUCGACUUUCCUUUGCGAGAUUCACAAUCAUACAAGGGGGUUAGACAAUACAGUACUUUACAUUAAACCAAAAAUGGUUUAAUGGAGAGAUGCCCUUCCAUAGCUGAAAAUCCCAGCUGACUUGGAACCUGUUUUUGCCAACUAAAAUGGAAAGAGACAUCUUGCCUUUUUUUGAUGAUGCAAUUUGGUUUGAGGCCAAAACCUGGUAAGAUCCAGCCAUGUGUUUUUUUUUCUGAUGCAGCUGUAUUUCUCAAGAAAAUCCAGGUAUGUAUUUCUGAUACCUGAAGAGGUACCAUGUCCCCCUUCUUCUCUCCCCACUGGAGCAAGUACAGCUUGUGUGGCUUAUGGCUAAAAGCUAGCAAAAUCCCAGCACUCCCCUUUUGGGGCCAAGAACUAUCACCAGGCCACGGCUUCCAAUAAAGGCUGUGAUUAUUUUCUAGUCAGAUGAUACAGCUUGGGCUUCAGGGGCCAAAAGCUGGUAGGACCCAGUGUGGAUGUGGACUUUUGCAGCACUCAUCCCUGGAGAGGCAUUGGGGCUGUGGACUUUUUGACGUAACAGGAGUGACCAUACCUUGUGGUCAUUGGUGUGUGGGAGCCAAAUUUUGGAUGGGGCUAACUGGGUCCCUCUGCCAGCUCCAGGAUGCUGUGGUACCCAUGGACCAGGAUGAGCCAGAAUCCAGAACUUUUUGAUGAAAGGGACAUGACUGUGAUUAUUUCCUUCUUAAACAGUACAAUUCAGAGUCUGGAGGCCUCAGAUUUCUGUAUCAUACAGAAUCUAGGUCCUGAAUUCAGGGUUAUUUUCAAGCUCGUGCUUUAUGUGAUGUAGUAGGUUGGGAUUUUUUUGGUGCAGUAAGAAACAGCUCUGGUUGUCUUGGGUCUGUUUCGCAUGACAUAAGGGCUUGUGACCACGAAUGAGCAGGAUACAGUUAAAUCCAGGUUUUACAUUUUCCCCUCUUAAGAAAGUAAGGCUUCGACAUUUCCUGCCUGGGAAGUGGUGCAGUUUGUCUUUAAGGAGGCUAGAGAAAUAAGAAAUGAGUCUCACGUUGCAUGGGUGACAUCACUGGCUUUUGGCUCAGCGCUCUGUAUUCUCUGUCUGUAGGCUUUAGCCAAGGCUGCAGGGCUCGGUGUUUGAACAAGGAAAGAUUCCCAGGUGUACAGAAGAUUGGAUUCACUCUUAUUUGAAUUAAAAACGGUGAAAUGAGAUUUCUAAGGCUUGGGGACUCCAGCUCACCUUCUGUUGUGCUUGAUCUCUACGAGAUGGGUGAGUUAUUCCCAUUAGAGAGAAAGGGAGUGGAAAUUUAAGGAGGAAAAAAAAAAACAAACCAAAACAAAAAAACCCAAAAUCAAACCAAACAACAAACAACAUGCCUGAAUAUGUAGCUGCUAAUGCUGGGAAUACGACUCCUAUGAAGCUUCUGAGCUAAAAAUCUCAGCUCUGACUUGGAGAUCAGGCCAUAUGGCAGAGAAAUGGUGCAGCCUGAAAGCUGUUGACAACAGUUAGGGGCUGCGUUCUUCUCCCAGUCUAAGGUGUGUAGCUUUUUUCUUUUUUUUUUGUUUCCCCCCACCCCUCCCUGGUUUGUUUUGGUUUGAUUUCCCCCCGACCUCUCUCCCUUCCCCAUUCCUUAGCAUCCUUUCAGCCCUCCGUAAGCCCUGCCCGCCUUCAUCUUGCAGAUGGCUAACGUGCCGCCGUGUUAGGAAAACUGUGCAACAACACAUCCCAGCGCCGGGGAUCGAAGGAAGCUCCUCAGAUACCAGCGGAAGGGGACGGGGGGACGGGGAGGGGGAGGAAUGCGUGGAAAAACGAUGCUGGGGUCUCGGACUGCUGCCGGUGCUGCCUAGCGGGAGGUGCGCGGUCGGAGGCGGCGGCGGCGGGUCCUGCCGGGGCUGCGGCUGCUCCCCCGCCGCCUCUCCCCGGGCCCGGGAGCGGGGAGGCCGCCGCGCAGGGAGAGGCGAAGCGCUGCUGGGCUCGCUGCGGGGAAACGAUCGUGGCGUUCGGCUGCCUGGGCGACAGCGCAGACGACGAAAGCAGGCGAGUGAAUGGGAAGGCUGGAGGAGAGGAGCCGAGGUGUUUCCGAAGCCAAGAUGUCAGUGACUGUCAGCGAAGUCUGCUAAGGGAGAGAUCGGUGUGUGUCCGCGGUUCCAGUUCCAGCCGGGGAGGUUGUAUUUUAGCCACGAUUUAAACCAGCAGCAGCAGCAACAACAGAUUGCUCCCCCCUCUUGCUCCCUCCCUUUCGACCCCGCUUUAAACCCAAGCAAGCAACCGACUGUCCAGACUAUGAUGCUCUUGCUGAGCCAGUGACAAAGAAAAGGCAAGUCACCCAGUCCUGAAACCGGGAUAACCUGUCCCUUGCAAGCAGGAGAUCUCUAGCUGUUGAACUUUUCCGUCCUGUGAUGAUGCUGUGGUGAGCUUGCUGAUCUGAAAGCCAUCUCUUCUGGAUCUCUGAGCUGGCCAGAUUGAAAGAGAUUAACGGACUGACCAAACAGCCAUAGCUUUCAGGUCUCUUCAGGGGGGAUAUAUCCCUUCAGUCCCCGUUGCCUGGGUGCUCGUGGUGAGGGAGAAGAACAUCUUUGUAUAGGUGGGUCGCUGGCUUGCUCCCGUUCAAGGUGGAAGGCUGUAUUUCUCCUCACCAGGUCUCCUCCACAGAGGAGAAGAGGCAGAUGAGACUCCAGGACUGCCCCCGGGGCAGAACUUUGUAGAGCUCUCAGCAUCCCUCCGCAGCGUGGAUGUGAGCCACAGGAGUUGGGGAUGUUUGAGGCAAUCUCUGCCAAGUGACACGUAGCAGCCGCUCUGGAGGUUUUUUGCGUGGUCUCACGCUCAAGGGCUUUGCCUGUUGUGAAGAUGUCCAUGGUGUUUCUGUGAAGCUGAGGUAUGGCUGCUGGAAGGUUACUGCUGUAUGCUGGCCUCUCUUUAGCUCUGUGUGCCCUGGGCAUGCUGGCUGUGGCAAUCUGCUCUGACCAUUGGUACGAAACUGAUGCCAGGAAGCACAGAGAGAGGUGCAAGAGCAUCACCACUAAAAGAAAUGAUCCUGGCUUCAUUUAUAACUCCAACAACAACCUGCCUCUCAGGGCCAGCAGGUCUAGGUUGGACCGCUGGGAAGGGAAACUCCUCUUGGCAAGAAAUAGGAGGCAGAUCUUUGCUAUGAGCGCAGUCGACGAGUGCAACAGACAGUACAACUCCACCAACAUGGGGCUCUGGAGGAAAUGCCACCGACAAGGAUUUGACCAAGAGCUGGAGGAGCUGAUUGCCAAAGGAGCAAUUGAGCGGUGCACAUACAUCAAGUACCACUACUCCUCAGCGACCAUUCCCAAGAACCUCACCUACAACAUCACCAAGACGAUCCGCCAGGAUGAGUGGCACGCCUUGCAUCUGCGCAGGAUGACAGCUGGCUUCAUGGGCAUGGCUGUGGCCAUCAUCCUCUUUGGAUGGAUUAUCGGGGUGCUGGGGUGCUGUUGGGAUCGAGGCCUUAUGCAGUAUGUGGCGGGGCUUCUCUUCCUCAUGGGAGGAACCUUCUGCAUCAUUUCACUGUGCACCUGUGUGGCUGGAAUCAACUUCGAGCUCUCCCGCUACCCCCGCUACCUGUACGGACUUCCCGACGACAUCAGCCAUGGCUAUGGCUGGUCCAUGUUCUGUGCGUGGGGGGGCCUGGGCCUCACUCUGAUCUCUGGCUUCUUCUGCACUCUGGCUCCUUCUGUCCAACCUGUCCCCAGGACCAACUGCCCCAAAUCUAGACCUGAGAAUGGGACAGUGUGCUAAAACAAAUAGCAAACAAAUACACACACACAUGCAUAUAUAUAUAUGUCUAUGUAUACCUAUACAUGCAUAUAUAUAUAUAUAUAACUAUAUAUAUAUAUAACAAAUCUCAAAUUAAUGCCAGUGCCAAGGUAGAGCUGAGUCCAACACGGCACUCACAUCUCCACCGGACAUCUGUGUUGCUUCGUUCUUUCUCACAGCGAUGGGAAAGCUUUUCUCUCACGUGGCUCUUCCAUCCAACUCUUAACUUCAGCAUCAUACCUUAGAGGUCAAAUGAACAUACAGUCGCACCAACUUACUGCCAUUUGGGAAGGGGAAUAGGGAGUCCAUAUGGGGGAUCUGGAACCAGAAUCUGUACAGGACAUGGAGGGUGGGGUGGGAGGGGGACAAAGAGUCUGUCCAUUGCAGCCAGAAGGGAAAAUGCAAACAGCAAGCAAAGGAGCAAAUCAAGCAUUUGAGCCACCUCUACAACACACCUCCUCAAGGUCAAUAUCAGAAAUUUACCCACUUUAUUUUCCUUUCUUAAAACAAAAUGACAGAAGCCUGCCCUGUCAUUGUUUUUGAGGGUUUUUUUAGGGUUUCGUUUUUUGUUGUUUUGUUUUGUUUUUUCUUAAAACACAGAAAAUAAAAUGGACAGAACAUGUGGGGAAAAGCAGAAAAGCAUUUUCUCUUUACCUGUCAAACUUUAGAGAGGAGCGAACAAGUGAAAAUAAUAAUAAUAACAAACAGAUCUAACAAAAUAAAACCAGGAAAACAACAACAAAAAAAAACUCCAUGAGGACGUCUCAGUGGACUUUCCAACAACAUGGUUUUAAUCUUCCAGCUGCCUUACAUCCAGGCUCACAACCAAGGCUGAACUGCUAACAUAAAUGCAGCAGAAGGCCUUUUGAAAAUGCUGUGAUACAUGUGUGCAUAACUUUUUUUUCCCUCUUCUUCUAUUUAUUUUUUUUAAGAAAAAGAAAAAUUUAAAACAUUGCAAUGUGAUUGUCCACCAAACCACCCAUGCUGUGUUUGUGGCCCCAAGACUGAGGCACCGCGACUGCAGAAGCGUGAGGAAAGCCGUCAGGUCUGAGACAGCGUGUCUCCUCCGGUGGAUUUCAGGCUGGGUUUUUGUUUUCACGGAGCAUCUGAGAGUUCAGGAUGGUGGAUCCCAGGGACGACCAACCAAGGAGAAGGGAGGUGGGGGGAGCCCUGGCAGUUGUUCUUCCCAGGUAUUUGCUGGAGUGGGAUUUUGUCAAGUUUCCGGUUUGGAUGUUUAAGACAACUGGGCAAAAGCCGUUGCCGAGGAGGAAAGGGCAGCUAAUUUUUGCAAGGGAGAAGUAAGAGACUCAUCCUACUGUGUUCAUGUAUGCCAAAUAAGACUUUCCCACAUCUUGUCUUUGGAAACUGCCCCAGUUCACUGGACAUCUCCACUCUCCAUCUGGGAGAACUGUGUACAGAUGGAACCAUAAGGGUCAGGUGCAGAGAACAGAGAUCCAUUUUCCAUGAGCUCAAGCAUUGUAUGAUAUAACUGUGAAUCUGCAAAUGGGACUCUCUCUCUUUUUUGGUCUUUCUAUUUUUCCUGCUACUCCUCAUCCCCUUGUCUCCUUUUUCCUUCACUCUGCUCUUCCCGUCAUUCAGGUCAUAGGUUCCAGAAAUGAAGAGCUAAAAGUCUGGAGAGGGCAAUGAAUGCUAUUAGGGGAAGCAUAGCUGUGAGGCUGUGAGGCUAGUGGGUCCUUGCAGGGGACUAGUGGCUGAGGGGAAGGUGGGGAGGGAGGUCCAAGGGGGUAACCAAAGGGAGUGUGAAGAGAUGGUGACUGCCUGGCCAUAUACAGGAGAAGGAUACCACUGUCAAAAGUGCAGGUGAAGGGAAACAGGGAAAAAAAAGGCCUCCCCAAACCAAACAUGCUCUUAAUUCAGGGAUAGUACCAGGAAUCCUUUCUUACACAAUAGCUGCAUGCCAUCAGUCCUCAUUAGUCAAUAAAAAGUCAUCCUCUGCAUCUAAAAAAUCUCAAAAGGAGAAGGAGGCAACGUGUUGAGACUGUGCCUGCUGCACAGAAAUGACGGCAUUAGUUUCCAGGUUAUACCAUUUACACAGCUGGCAAGAAACAGUAUUUUGCUUGCUUUAUUAAAAAAACAAAAAACAAACCAACAAAUAAUUCUUAUGCAAUACAGUUGCAUAGCCAGCCCUUCCCCUUCCAGCCCUGCUUCUCCUCCCCGUUACACUUUGUGUGACGAUGUUGCUUUACUAACAGUGCCCAAAGAAAUGAAGUUUCUAGGGGACAUUUUGGAGUAGGGUAGAUCUGCGUUUCAUUCUUGCUGAACUACCUAGCUCUUGCUUUCUCUAGUCUACAAAAUCCCCAAACACACCAACGCCAGCUGCCAAGUCAGUGUGUCGCCACUGACGUGCCAUUCCCGGCAACUGAAGUUUCAUCAGUUCAUUCUUCGUUAGAUGUGACCAGGGAAAGUAUUUAUUUAUUAAUGUUGAAAAUACAAGCCUUUUGAGGAAACUUGAUUUUUAAGUAGAUUAGUUUCUUUCUUUUUUUUUUUUUUAUUUUUCUGGCAAGGUUUUCAAAUACAGUGGUAUUGAAAAGCUUUGGAACCGUUUGACUGUGCAAGUGCCUACUAGGUCUGAUGAAUUACCAUUGGACAGAAGAAGGAAAUUAAAAAUGAAAACAGCUCUUGGAAAGCUAUUUCAAAAUGGAAAGCAGAAAAUAAAUAACUGAGAAACAAAAGAGACCUAUAAAAAAUUGUGAAUUUUCUCAAAAUAUGAAAGAUUUUUAGAAAAAACUUCUCCUUAAGAUAUUAAUGCAUUAGGAAAAUGAUAUCCAUUUCAUUAAAACGGCCUUAAAUGCAAACUUUGUUCCUCCUCUGCAGUGCUGAGUGUGAUAGGGAAGGUGUUUCAUGUGAAUACAGACACCAGGAGUGAACCAGAUAAACUAAAGGGCACUGAGAUAUCUAGCUGGAGUCCACCAUCAGGCUCUGUGGCAUGGAAAGCAGUACGACAGCUCCUGUGAUGAUGUACCCUUGUAUGGUCUGUGACUGUUCGCAGGGUGUAUUCUUUUACAGAUAGAUUUUUGAAUGAGUUAUACCAGUAAGAUUUAAAGAUAUUGAAAUAUUUUUGCUGUUUCAUAGAUUCUCAAAGCUUUCCUUCCCACAGAUGGCAUGAAAAUAGUUCUGCCUUGAUGAGGCAUUCUCUGAUGGUAUUGGUUUACAAUCUGUAUAUGAGCCUGUGUAUUUGUCUGUGUGUGACAAUGAUGGAAGAGGGCUAUGAUUGUAUUUUUUACAACAGAAAAGUGUUAACUCUGGAUAUUUGGGCCAAUUCUGUGAUUUUUCACUUGCCAUUGCAUAGGCUCUGUGAAGCCUGUGUGGCUAUGAAGCAUCAUUAAAACUGUGGGAGUAAGCGUCUAGAGCAGCAGAUGAUCAUAUUGCUUUGAUCUCAAACUAGAUCCCCAAAGAGAUCAUUUGUGCAAACACCAGUUCUUUCAUCUUUGCCUCAAGCAAAGCCAAACCCCCUUGGGAUAUUGUGAAUUUCCCUCUGUACUACUCACAGAACUGGGAAGAGCCCCCUGUGCUUCGAUACCCUUGAAUGGGGCUCACAGCCCCACCACACUUUCUGUUGACUCAGGCUCAUCUUUAGAGCAGGGUUGACUCAAAAUACAUCCAGAUCCAAAACUGUGAUAGUCAGUGUCUCCAUCUAUCCUGAGCCAAAGCACACUCACCUCUAGUCUGAGUUUCUGCAUUUUGGGGAGGUUUUGGAAUAUCUCUCUGAACAGAGAUUCAAGUUUCUUGACUAGUAUGUGGUUUUCUAGUUGGAGGAAUAGUUAAUUAGAAAUGUGUUAGCUGUGAUCCCAGCAUUAAGGGACUUGACCCCAUCCCUCAGAUCUGCUCUGGCAAAGCGCCUAAGCAUGUGCUUUACUUGAAGCAUGUGACUAAUCCCCUUAACUUUGGUAGACUAUUCAUGUGCUUUCCUGGAUGAUGUUCAGCUUCCUACAGAGUCAAACCCCUGCUCUUCUUUUCCUGUCCCACCCUUGUAGAUAAAGUGACACUGUUGUCCUAGCCUGAUGUGCCAGUGGGUGUUUGGUCUCCCCUUCCGUGAGGUGGUAACGUGGGGUCGGUAGCUCUCUCCCGCAUGUGGCCUUUCAUGUCGCGCUGCUGAGACAAUGCAUCUCUGUGCUCCAGAGACCACAGAGGAACUUGACUGCAGUGAGCGCAGAUGUCAUGAAAUACCAGUCCUAGGGAUGGAGGGUGAACCGGAUCAACCCACUGCCAUCUGCAGGCUGAGGUUUUAUGUACAGUGACUCUCAGUUCUUGUACAGUGAAGUUGUCCUGUGGCCACAGAGAGUUAGCUACAGAGGGUUCUGCUGUCCGUCCCUGCCAGGGGGCACUGUAUACAUGAGCUCUGUAUCUUUUGUACUGUAUAGGACACCUUCUUCUUCAAGCUAAAGCUGUUUGCGUGUUAAAACUCGUGAUUCAUAUUGGACACCUGUAUAUAUCAUCUCUCCCUUCUCCUUCUCUGCAAACACACAACUGAACUUCCCUGAUCUAAAUAGCGCAGUCCCUUCAGUUAUAUUUCUAGUUGGGCUUCUUUUUUGUUUCGUUCUACCCAAGAGACAGUCACAAGCGGAUCACAAACCACCAGUGACCAGAGCAAUUUCUUUGAAAUAUUGCUUUUGAAAAAUUGCCAUUACUUUUUAAAAUGUUAUUCCAGCUGCAGUAACCAAUGAAAGGGAAAAAAACCUCAAAGGAAAAAAGAAAAAACAACCCUCAGAGUCCUCUUAAGAGAGGAUCUUCAUCCUCCCAAGAGAGAAUCGUGAGAGCGCAGGUAUUCUGCUUUCCUGUAGAUGUGAGUCAUUUGGGACCGCAUUUAGCUAUGGCAUGUUAGCUGCGCGGUUCAUUGGAUGAUGAAUAAAGCAAUGUUGGUGAGGGAGAGGAUUGAUAUGCAGGGGGUAUCUCAGAUUCCCAAGCCUUCCCGAAAGACUGUGUCUCUGUGACUGUCCAUUUACCCACCAUGCAGCGCCUCUGGAUCAGGCUCAUCCCUGGAGCCCCACUGAUAAGCAGAGCGCCGAAGAAAAUCACUGUAAUCUGUCCUUAAUUCUUGAGUGCCAAGCUAACUGCCAGCAGUGAAAUGGAGAGGAAAUAAUAUGUUACCGAGUAUAGCUUAAAUAAAGACAUACAUUAUUUGGGCUCUUCUGUGUGUCUCUACAUAGACCUAGGAGGGUGUGCUUAGACACAUUCACACAAACCACCGCUGCAUUUCCUGGCCCCCAAGUUCUGCACUCUUUCAUGGCCCAUACAACUGUGGUCACCAAGCCAGCAAGGGAAGACUCAAGGUGAAAAACUGAGACAGCUCUGAACGAUUGCCAGGCAUCACUGAGAGACAAAGAAUAAAAAAUGUGGGUGAAGCACAAAUGGCAUGUAGAGAUUAGUGAUGGAUGAAUUUCCAAGGUUAGGAAAUGAGUUUCAAACAAGCCUAAUGUUUGAUCACAAACUCCAGGCCAGACCCAUAAGAUCUCGAUUCUGUGAGUCUAAGCUGAAAAGCUCAUAAAACCAGGGCUUAGCUCAAAUCUUACAGCCCCACUGUUUCCAGUAACAAUGGGGAAUAUAGUGCAUUUGUUCCAUAGUCUGUUGAAGUCCACAGAAAACUUUCCCUUGGCUCCAGUAAGCUUUGGGUCAGGUGCCUCAGAAAAUAUUUUAGUGCUGUCCUGGCCAACACCGAAAAUUAAAUGUGUGCUUACAUACUCACAACAUCUAAUCUUUGGCUUUAGAAAGAAACGCCCAUAAAAUGUUACCUUUUUCUUUUUUUCUCCCUGAUUUAGGGUUUCCAUCCUGUCUGCCCCACUAAUACCCCAAUCUUACAGACUUCUUGAGAGCCAUAGUUAGAGAUGGCAAUGCUUUUUAAAACAAAUGACCUACUGCUGGUGCCAGGGGGGUCCAAUAAGCUCCCUGUUGACACCAGUGGGAGAGCUGGAGCCUGAUACAAUGCAGUGAAUUAAAUUGCCGUGUGCCUUGCACGUGUUCCAGAUUUAACGUAGAAAAAGAGCCUAGACAACUGCUCCAAUAUAGGCCACAAGAGGGAAAUGAAAUGCUGGUCACCUCUAGUAAAGCACUCCAGAAUCACAGAUCAAUUCUCCUUCCUUCCUCAGGGAAGAAUUGCAAUGAAAUUAAUGGAGGCUCAGAGAGGUUAAUUCCAGGGGAAGGUGGGGGAGUGAAAAAAAGGAAACCAAACAGCAGUUGCUAUAGGUCAGAAUUGACGGGCAUUGGUAGAGUUAUGUGAGGACAAUCCAAUGUUUUCUGCAGCAUCAGCAGCAGGAAUUGUCAGUCCCUUCUAGGACUGCAUUUUUAUAUUUUUCCUUCAUGGAUUAACACUCCUGCAGAGUGGCAGAAAGUAACUUCAAAAGUUUUCUUGCAUAGGGUGUAUACACAUGGACAUCCUCAUGCCCCUCCUUCCUUAGGCGCACACACACAUGCAUACCCCACAUGAUGUGCGUGCUAGCAACCUGUAAAUAUGUGUACUAUAUAGAGAGAAAAUACAUGGCAACAAGCAGCAUAAUAGUUUGUUUUCUAUUCUUUUAUACUUAACUCAGGAGUUGCAAUGCAAUUCAGAUGCCGUCUAUGCGUGCAGAUCACAUGGAAAUUAUCUGGGUAUUCGCUACCAAAAUGUAUUUGGAUAUUUAAGAAAGAAUUGCCAAUGUCAUUCUGAUCCCAGAGACGGAAAGAAAGAAAGCAGCUGAGGCACCAGUACGUGUUUCUUUCUGCCUAUUUUGCCUUUGGGUGGAUGCAUCAGGCAAAAAGGGAGGCAGUGAACAGCUCAGGGCCGAAACAUGCUGAAACACUGCAACAAGACUCUCCAGAGCUGACCAUCAGUGCUCUUCAGUACAGAGUUUCUACAGAGCUGCUUCUGAUCUGAUCAGCCCUGGGCUAGCCGUUCUACCUCCAAAAAUGCAGUUGUGUCCUCAAGGCCUUACUACCUUCUAGAGGCACAGGCCUUGGCUCUAACCAUGCGUGUGGGACACAGACAUGUGCCAUUUUCUGAGCGUGUAAAGCUAAAGGGGAAAAACCUGAAGUCCCACUAGAAGAACAGCCUGGGUAUUCACAAGACUGGUUCUUGCAACCCGCUCUUGCAAGGUGCUUCUCAACACAGAUGGCCACAGCCACAAUAAAAAAAAAUAAAUCACCAUAUCACCUCCAAAUCAGAAAAGUUUAGGUAAAAUUCCCUCUGUGCUGAGCGGCAGCACCAUGGCAGGACACCGCCUGAGUCUUAUUUCUGUCCUUCGCAGAGGGCUUGUGCGGGUUGUCAGCAGCACGAAGAGCGCGGUCGAUGCCGCUGGGCACAGCAGGGAGCUUCGCGUACCCAUGGCUCUGAGCCCUACCUGUGGCAGCGGGGCACAGGAAUAUCUCUGUAAAGGCAGUUCCUUCGAGCAGCCUUGUUAUUUUGCCAGCUGGUCAGAAACACCCAAACGGCAACAAUGAUUCUAUGGCAGACGAAGUGCCAAGUCUUCAAAAGCUGCGUGACAUGUGGGUUUUGCCCCAGUUUCAAAAUAACGUAGACACCAAAGGGCAUGAAUCAGAUGCGGCUCAUGUUCUGGGGGCAGCUGCAAAAAAGGGCCUCAGCAUUCAGUCCUUCUUUAGACGGUGAAUAGGCAUAAAAUACUAAAUGCCUUUGGUGUCUGCAUAAUUGAAAAAAAAAAAUACAUAUAUGCUCUUAAUUUGCUCAAGCUCCUGUGACAUUUUAUCUCAAGAAUAGUUCUCAUCUGACUGUAGAGCAUAAGACUGCAUUUUUCUUACUAAGAGUUAUUCAUUAACAAUAUAGAUCGUAAGGAAAAGGUUUGAGUAAUCAGAACAAUCAAAUAAAAGUGCAGCCUUAGACUAUUCAGUUAGAGUGUACUGAAUUAUUUAUAACUCCUGGGUACCAACAACAAUCACAGACAUCUAAUUUAAACUGUUACUAUUUUUACUUGGCAAUUUCCAUCACUUAGAGUGUUUAUAUUCAUGCAUUUUUUGUUUGAUCUUUUGCAGGACAAAAUUUCCCCUAUUUACACAGAAAAUCAUAUUUGGGAACUUUUGAAGACAUUUUUCUGCAGUAACUUAAAUUAUUUUAAAGCAUUUUGAGGCCUAGUAUGACAGACGUUACAACUUUCGAAGCUGGGGACUGUAUCUAAAAUGGGCUUGAACCUUCAGUUCUUUCUCAAGUAAAAUUCCCUUUGAUUACAGGUCAAUUUGCUUUCUUAACAACUGUAAGACUGGGUCCUAUUUAUAUGUAUAUGUGAUGAGCAGACUUAGGUAAGGGGGUUGUACUUGUAUGUCAGCCCACUUAAGGAUCUUUUUCAUAGACAUAGGAACAGUCACUGCUAAGUCACUCUAACUUUAUACCAAUCUCUUUUUGUAAAAAGCAACCAUUAUACUUGUGUGUGGCUGGAAUAGUGCAGUGGUAAAUCUAGCCCAUAGGCUGACACACGUAUACUUGUAUAUAUAUGUAUAUAUGUAUAUAUAUUUGUAAAUUUAUGAAAAACGUCCAUAGCUUCAUGAUUGCCUGAAAUAACCUGAGGUCAAUGUACAGAAUUUCAGGCAAAGGACUGUUUCUUUUUCACAAUCCUCAUGUAUCUCAGAUUUAGAUCAAAACAAAUUUAAAAUUAUUAUUUCCCAGGAAAAUCCUCAUUCUGCCAUUGUGCCAGUCGAGGAGGGGUACCACACUAAAGUCAGCAGUGCGCACAUCCACACACGUAUAUCCAGUCACAGGACUGGGUCUCAAGGGCUUUUCUAAGGAAAAGAAAUGGACUGAAAAAGCCACUGCAGAAUUUCUGUUCCACAUUAGCUCUCUCAAUAGAUUCACAUUCUUUAUUAAGACGCUCUUUGUACAGAUGCUGUUCAUUUGCACUAGGUGCGUGUUUGAGAGGCACCUCUGUGGACGAAGCCAAGCUAUACAAAGGUCUGGAUUUUCUGACCUGAAUUCAUCCCCAUUAACCUUAACCACUUAACCAAGCUCUUUUAGUUAAUGGACUUGUCUCCUUUGGUUUCUUGCAUAGUUAAUGAAGCCACAGUGGCUUCUAAAUGGUGAAUCAGUAGAAGUGACAUCUAAGUCAGCUUUAGGAGCUCCCUUUCACUCCACAGAGUGACCACUCACCUAUCUUGGGUGGUCUCAAGAGCUUAAAAGAUCUUAAAUCCUGGUGAGAUUAAUGAAGGGACCUAGUGCAGAUGGAGAUCAACCAUGGCCCUGUGCUUCAGGCACAUGGCCUGGCCCACUGUGCCAAACAAUGAUGUUAAUUGUGAAAGACUGCUGGUGCAAAAGGAGAUGUUCACAGCAGCCUUCCCCUCCUGAACUGCAACAUGACUGCAAAGGAUAGGCUUGCCCCAGCCUCUGGAAAUCGCAUUUGAGGUGAGUUCCUGGUGAUGGUCUCCAGGCACAGACCACAGGGUUGUCCCAGUGCUGGAGGUCAAGAGAUCUUUGGUUUGAACUCCUCACCUUUCUCUGUCAGUCCUGGGCUUUGCUGAAGCAGUUCAAAGAGUGAAUUUGCAUCCUGAAAGUUUAAAUAGCUAAGCUGUUCAAAGGUUAUUUUCUUGCUCUGUCCCCAAGCUGGCCUGAAAAAAGUCAUCUAGUUGGAAGUGAUAAUAAAAAAAUUCCCCUCCCAGGUAAGUUUGGGUAGUUUCUUUUUUUUUUUUUUUUUUCCAAACAUCUCACAGAGAGAUUAAAGAGAUGAUUGGAAUUUCAUUCCUUAUUGUUAGGAUUAUAGUUGUCCUCAGAAAAACUAAACUGGGGACUCAAAAAGAGAAUGAAUGGUGACUGGAUUAUCCCAAAAGCUGCUCUGACAAGGAUGAACAUACAUCUCCAUCUCAUGGUGAGAGUCCCUCAGAGCCAAAAUCCGGAUAGCAAAUCUGUCUGGAAGGACCAGCAAUCCAACCCAGCUCUUGUAUAUUCCCAUAUUUUACCCAAAUAGAACAAACACAGUCAGAAGAGUGGGACAAUCAAACUGAUUUCUGAAAACUCCGGGGCUAAGUGAACUUGCAUGUUGUGCCAAUGUAUGGCCACUGCUAUUUAUUUCUACAGCUAAAUUUAGGUCAGGGACUUUAGAAUCUUCACCCAUCUCUCAGAACAACUUUAUUUUUAAAAUACUGUUAAGGUUAUGGCAAGAGGAACUUCAGCUGGGCUGCAGGAACCUGUAAAGUAAUGUUCAAUACUCUGUACCAGUACUUAGGGAAAGACUUUAGCUGGAAAGUGGAAGAUAAAACUUAGUUCCAGGGAUCAAAAGAUAUUUUUUGGCAUGGUACUACCUUGACCAAGCUGUACUUUUUCAUCCUGACAUUCCUCUCCUGUUCUCCCUUUCCCUUUUUUGAGGAGUCAGACAUGUAUCUCUCUCUCUCUUCCUCCUGCUGUGUGAGAAUAUAGAGAUGCUUCCUGUAAAGAUGUUCUUCUCUAAAUCCCAUUCCAUACUAUUUCUUGCAUAUGUGACUGUUUUGUUGUUUGAGAUGUCUGCGAAAAAAAGAAAUAAAGGCUUUAAGAGUGAACUCUGGAAAUGAGCAGGAGCUUGAGAAUAAAUCGAAUUGAAGGAUGCAGCACCAAUUUCUGCAAGACUUUUCAGAAUGUCCCCAAAUUCUCAUCAUUGUCCUCCCUCCCUCUCUAUGAGAGGAAUAGGGACAGUCUAGGAACAUGGGACCUCUCAGAAGUUGCUCUUUUAGCUCUCGACUCACUGUGUCCCACUAAGGUUUUGCAGACUUUUUCAAGUUUCACUGUCAAAGGAAACCUCCUUUUAAAAGGCGAUAAAGUCAAAAUGCACCAUCAGAUGUAAGGAGACUCUAAAGGGUGACUCUGUCCCAGUUUACCUUUCUUUCCCGUUCUUUAUAUCAGCCCUGCCUGCCCAGCCACACACACUCUCCUCCCUGCUCGGCUGACUUGGCCAAGGCUGAGCUUGCCAAGAGGGGCCUGCCUGACUCCCUUGUCCCCACGCUGCAUUUGGAUUAUCCUCCUGGAUGAUUUUCCACUCUCUCUUAAAAAAACAAAAAAACAAACACAAAAACCAAACAACUGUCUCACCUCCUAAUGAAAGCCAUAACCACUCCUGUGACGCUGCAGCAGGGAGGGAAUGCACAGCCUCGCAGGAGAUGACAGCAAUGCCUGGGCACCGGGGCAAUCGCAGGGGGCUGGCAGGAGGACGGGUGCAGUACCCAGGGCCACUUCACGUCAGAGAGCUUUGCCUUGCCUUGUGAGCUCCCACUGUGCUGCUCAUGGACCGCUCGGCUGUGAGACUCAGAGCUGUGAGACUGACUCCUCGCUGCCUCACACUUGUGCCACCACGCGCUCCUACAGGAAAGACGUGCAGGUAUGGGAAAACAGACCUGUGCGAAGGCAUGAGCGUUUUGCAUGAGGGUCAGUGAGAAAUCAGACUCACUGGGCUCUCCUCCAUCCACAGUAGAUGCAUCUCAUACAGACUUUUGCUCUUUAGGAUUUACUUUGCCAUCAGUAACACUUGCCCUAACCAGGAGCUACCACAUUGGCCAAAAGUUUUUGGAGUGUUCCCCUUCCUUGAUUCCCUUGUUGGUCCUCGCUUCCUUAAGGAAAAUAAUCUUUUUGCUCAGAAGAAAUGAAACAACACCCAUAACCUCUCUGUUCUUUGGUGAUGACAAAAGUUGCAUUCACCACUGUCUCUAACUGACAAUUUGAGAGGCUUUGGAUAAUAAUUCACUUAAAUGCGUGCAAAAUGAAGUAUGUCAGCACUUUUCUAGGACAUUCUCAAGUAAAAUGAUAUGACUGGUACAAGCCAUUUGUCAUGUGGAUGCAUCUUGGCCAGAUGUUUAUGUUUCCUCUAAGUGCAGUACACACACAUCAAAGCUGGAUCAGAAAAGACCUAGAACGUCACAUUACUCAGGCGUAUUUGGAGAAAAGUGUUGCUAUGUUGCAUUUACCUGGCAUAUUUUCUCUUCAGAAAAUUUUAGAAGUAUUAGUCACAUCAUGUCUGUCCGAGGCAGGUAGGUAUUAUAGCCAUUGUAGAGACGGGAAACCAAAAGCCUGGGAAAAUACCUGAUGUUCAGUGGGUUGAUGCCCCCUCGCAACUUCUACUGGCUGCAAGUGGAGCCUUUUGUUUUAAACGUUUUUGAAAAUCCAGAUUGUAGCUGGUUUAUCCAAAUCUACAGUUGUAAAUGUGAAAGCCAGGAUUAGGACACUCGAGAUACUGGCUUCAUCAGAACACUGCUGCAAAGCUUUGAUCCCACAAAGCACGUAAGCACUUGCCUAAUUUCAAGCAUGAAUGUCCCGUUAAUGAUGCUAUUGCCAUGCUUAAAGCUAGGCACAUGCCUAAUUGCUUUGCUAGAUUGGGAAUUACAUUAAAAUACGUUAAACUUUAGCAUAUUUUUAAAAUCAAAAAAUAUGUCCAUUUCUGAUUAUGUCUCAGGCUUUUUCAAGGACAUUUGAACUGUGUACGUGGCUGCUCAACCGAGUGGAACACUUUUUAGCCAGUCCGUUCAGAGUUUAAUGAGUUUUGGGUAGUAACAUUCAGUUGUCAGAAGUAAUCAAGGGUGGCACGUCCUGCGAGGUUCUGACUUCUGAGCUGCUGCAAGAGGCAAAGGGGCUCCUGUGAGCAUCGGUGCUAAAAAUACAUCAGCAACAACUGACUAUUGCGUUAGGUCCUUCGGGUAAGAUGCGAGUGUGGUGGCUAAUUUCACAAGUAACGCGACAUCUUAUCAAGUGUAUUGUACUUUCCAUUUCUUCCUGUAAUCUGUUUCAGAAGAGGUGAACAGAAGUUGUUUAAACAUGAAACAAACCCAAGCUUCUUGUUCCGUUACUCCAAGGUGCUAAUCUGCAGACACACGGGUGUUUGUGUACGUGCAUCAGUGUUUGCAGGACCACAGUCCUGAAGGAUCAUUUCAGUGGUAGCGUUGAGAUCAGGAAAGUAACAGGGGGUAUGAACAAACCCCUGUAACUUUGAAAGACAAAAGUCGCAGAAAGCAUCACAGGACUUUGCCAAAAAAAACCUGGCUACAUGUUACAAGUUUCCUUUCGUUUUGAUUUUGUUUGGUUUUGGUUUUAUCCAGAUUGGCACAGAAUACUGUAUUUCCAUCGAUUUAAAUCUUGUCUGGUAACUAACUAAACAACUUGUUCAUGGAAAAUUAAAAAAUAAAUAAGUAAACUGUCAAUUGUGGAAUGUAAACUGAUUAAACAAAUAAAAAAAAAAAUCAUGUUGUGUGUUUUAAGUGGCUGUGUCUGCUUGUUUCAGGAGCGGGGCUGGACACAUCUCACUACCCCCAUCCCCAGCUGAAGGAUGAAGGACAAAGAGCAAAACUGGAAGGUG